AUGAAGGAGUUGGAGCUUAUGCAGCUGAAGCAGGACUCUUUGUCUGUGGCGGAUUACACUAGUCGGUUUGAGGAGCUUUGUAGGUUCUCUAGGGUAUGUCAGGGUGCCCCGAAGACCUAUGAAAGUUGGAAGUGCAUUAAGUAUCAAAGGGGCUUGAAGGAUAAUAUUAUGAUUGUUGUGGCUCCAUUGGAGAUUCGGAUUUUCUCCGAGCUUGUGAACAAGGCAAGGGUUAUUAAGAAGUGUACAAAAACGGUAGCCUCGUCAAGGGAUACUCGUGGAGGAAACACUAACUGUGGACGUGGCAAGUGGUUGCUUCAACUGUGGAUUGUCUGGUCACAUUGCGAGAGAUUGCACUCGUGGGAGGAAUACUCAGAAUGCGGGCCAGAACCAACAAGAUCGGUGUUUGCUGUGAACGCCAAUGGUGCUGCUAACGCGGAUCCAUUAAUGAGAGGUAUAUGCUUAAUUGGUGAUAAAACAUUAGUUGCAUUGUUUGAUACUGGAGCUUUGCAUUUGUUUAUUGCAUUUAACAAAGUUGAAGAACUAGGAUUGAAAGUGUCAUAA